AUGAGUAUUCUUGAUGUUAGCUACCGGUUUUUUUUGAACAAAGCAAGAACCGGAGCUGUUGUUUAUAAGUUACAAACCGGAGUAGCCGUCGUAUGCGGUGAUCCUCUUUGUGAGUGGACAGAGAUCGCAAGUGUCAUGGAUGAAUUCGCAAAUUUUCGACAAAGAAAUCAUCUAGACAUAGCCUUUAUGGGAGCAAGCGAUGCGUUCGCAAAAGGCUAUGCCCAAUGCAAAGGCUGGACAAUGAUUGAGUUCGGCACUCAACGGGCGCUUAAUCCGCAAACAAACACAGUUCUGCUGGGACAGGCUGGGAAGCGCAUUGCUUCCCAGAGCCGGCAGUUGCUAAAUGCGCAAAAAGGUGGCAUUGUUCUCGGUGUGUAUACACCUGCUGUACAUGGCACUGACUUCCAACUCCAAGCAAGUCUGGUUGCUAUCUAUGAGGCAUGGCGCGCAGAGCGGAAUGCCUCUGCUGGACUGCAAGCAUUCAUCACUGUUUACGACCUGUUCGCCCUACCAGAGCUUAUGACUUUCAUUUAUGCUCAAAGUUCAGGAGGGCUCAUUACCGGGUUCGCCGCCAUACGGCAGCUGGGGGACGGAGGCUACCAUCUUGAUCCUUGUAUUGUUGCUCCAGGCAGUCCCAACGGAAUGACUGAUUUAUUGGUCGUUGCUGCAAUGACUUUGCUACGCCGAGCCGGGGUCUCCUCCAUAGGGCUUGGAAUUGAGCCAUCUCAGUCCCUCUCAAUGGAGAACAUAGUUGGAAUACCAGGGCCUGUGGCGAAGAUGGCACGGAAAUUGUACGAUCAAACGAUCCCGCACCUCCCAAUUCACGGGAAAAAGGCGUUUCAUGACAAAUUUCGGCCGGAUUCCUCGAAGACCUCUGCCUUAUAUCUGAUUUUUCCCAGCAGUGUAUUCGGACUGCGAUAUCUGUUGGCUAUGAUCCAUUUGGCAAAUAUUGGCCUACGAAAGCUCUUGUUGGCUGAUUUUAAGACUCGCGUAUCGACCGGCAAGUCCAAGUCUGUUGUGGGCCACACAUGA